AGGUUGUUGGAUUGACAGCUGUUUUGAAGGCUUUGGGCUGCUUACAGAGGCGUGAGAAGGAAGUGCUCUGUUUUGGAAAUCACAUGCUGAAGUUCUUUCACAGGCAGAAAGAAGAGGAGGAGACAGAGCUCAGAGUCCCAAGACUGUUCCUGUCCCAGCUCAAAGCAUCCCUGAUUGGCUGCCUGGCUCUUUGCUAUGGAACAGCCCACUUCCUCCACAGCCCAGCAGUUGUAUUUUAACCUCUUUGGCCCUGUGCAUGCUUUUUCCGCAAACCAUGUGAUUGUUUGAGCUUGUCUAAGCUUUGCAGCCUUGACAGGGCUCCUUUAUCAGCUUGCUUGCCCACUCGUGCUGGAAUAGUCUGGAAUGCCGCAGCUGGAUCCAGUGAUAACACUCUGGUUUGGGAGCUGCACACUGCACAGUUUCCUGUGACAGCAGAGGAGACGCUUGCAGAAAGCAGAGAGGGAGGAGUGGCUGUGCAGGCUACGUUUUCCCACAGGACAGUAGCUGGAGAUGUUUGCCGUCACUGCCUCUGUGCUCCGGCGAGGAGCUUUGAGAUACCGGGACAGCCAGUGCACCAUGGCAACCAUUGUGUCUGGAAACAAGACCGCACAACAGGUGAAGGAUCGACUGAAGAAGGAGGUAGCAGAGAUGAAGAAUCAGUUCUCAGGCUCCAGGCCUGGCUUGGUUGUCUUGCAGGUUGGGGACAGAGAUGACUCAAACCUCUACAUCAGCAUGAAGCUCAAGGCAGCGGCUGAGAUUGGGAUCAAUGCGAACCACAUUAGGCUUCCCGAGACAGCCACAGAGGAUGAAGUCCUGCGAAUUAUAGUUGCAGUGAAUGAGAAUCCUGCGGUCCAUGGCCUCAUCGUACAACUACCGCUUGACUCCAUCAACACAAUAAACACAGAGAAAGUAACCAAUGCUGUGGCCCCAGAGAAAGAUGUGGAUGGCCUGACCAGUAUAAAUGCAGGGAAGCUGUCUCGUGGAGACCUGGGCGACUGUUUCAUCCCAUGCACUCCUAAUGGCUGUAUGGAGCUCAUCAGUCAGACCGGUGUGAGUGUGAUGGGGAAGAAUGCUGUCGUGAUUGGCCGCAGUAAGAUCGUUGGAGCUCCAAUGCACGAUCUGCUCUUAUGGAAUCACGCCACAGUGACCACCUGUCACUCAAAGACCCUUGACCUUGCUGAACAGGUGGGCAGAGCAGACAUCUUGGUUGUGGGUGCUGGCAGAGCUGAGAUGGUGAAAGGAGAGUGGGUGAAGGAGGGGGCGGUGGUCAUAGACUGCGGUAUCAAUCAUAUACCAGACAGCAGUAAAGCCAGUGGGAAACGGGUGGUGGGGGAUGUGCACUACCCCUCAGCUAAAGAGCGAGCUGGAUACAUCACCCCAGUGCCUGGUGGAGUCGGACCCAUGACUGUAGCCAUGCUGAUGAAGAAUACAGUAGAAAGUGCAAAGCGGUUUCUGCAGACGUACACUCCAGGAAAAUGGAACAUUGAUUACACAAAGAAGAAACCCCAAGAGCCUCAGCCGUGUGAUGCUGACAUCUCCUGUUCAUGCCAAAGCAAACCAAUUGGUCAGCUUGCAAGAGAGGUGGGCUUGUUUUCUGAGGAAGUGGAGCCAUAUGGUAGGAGCAGGGCUAAGAUACGACUGGAUGCUCUGAAACGCAUGGAGAAACAGCCUGAUGGGAAAUAUGUGGUUGUCACUGGAAUUACUUCUACUCCAUUGGGCGAGGGAAAGCGCACCACCGCUCUCGGACUGGCUCAGGCUUUAGGGGCCCACCUGAAUAUCAACGCUUUUGCUUGCGUGAAAGAGCCUUCCCCAGGAUGCUGUUUUGGUGCUAGGGGGAUUGCUGUUGGAGGUGGAUAUUCUCAGAUUAUCCCGUUGGAGGAGGUCAGCCUUCAGUCUUCAGGUCAAAAUGAGCUAAUUUCUGCCGCCAGUAAAGUGGUGAUGGACACUAUUAAAGCGCAUGCUCACUAUGAGACCAAGCUCUCUGAGAAGGCUUUGUUUGACCUGUUGGUUCCUCUCAAAAUGGGGCAAAGGUCCUUUUCUCCAGCACAGCUCAAGCGAAUGAAGAAACUGGGCAUUGAGAAAUCCGACCCCUUGACCUGCACAGGAACCGAGAUUAGACGUUUUGUCCGAUUAGACAUUGACCCAGACACUGCAACAAAUCCUGGCUCUCUGGAAAAUGAGAUCAUGGCUAUACUGUCACUCAGCAGCAGUGUGGAGGAGAUGCAGCAGAGGCUGGCCAAGAUAGUAGUGGCUACAAACAAAUCUGGAGAUGCUGUCACCACAGAGGAUUUAGAUGUGAGUGGUCCGUUGGCCAUGCUAUUGAAAGAUGCCAUGAAACCUGUCUUGAUGCAAACUGUAGAGGGUACACCGGUGUUUCUUCACACCAGCCCAUUAGCUGAUAUUGCCCAAGGCAGUCCUUCCAUUCUGGCAGACAAACUGGCUUUAAAAAUGGUUGGAUCCGAAGGUUUUGUAGUCACUGAGUCUGGUCAGGGGGCUGACACUGGCUUGGAGAAGUUUUUCAACAUUAAAUGUCGCUACUCAGACCUGCGGCCAGAUGUGGUAGUGAUGGUGGCCACUGUUCGUACCCUGAAGAUGCAUGGCGGUGCCCCCUCUGUCCAAGCUGGUUUGCCCCUUCCAAAAGAGUAUUCACAGGAGAACCUAAAGCAGCUGGAGAGAGGCUGUUGUCAUCUGAAGAGACAGGUGGAAAAUGCACAAGCAUUUGGUUUGCCAGUGAUCGUAGCUGUCAACAAAUUCAGCUCUGAUACUGACGCUGAGCUGGAGCUGGUGUGUGGCCAGGCGAGGCAAGCUGGAGCCUUUGAAGCAGUGCAGUGCACUAACUGGUCUAAUGGGGGCGCAGGAGCGCUGGCUCUGGCAGAAGCUGUUCAGAGAGCAGCUAAACUGCCUGGACAGUUCAGGUUCCUCUAUGACACACAGAUUCCAGUUGCAGAUAAGUUAAGGACUGUGGCACAAAAGAUGUAUGGUGCAAAAGAUAUCGAGCUGUCUCCAAAAGCAAAAGAAAAGCUUGCACUUUAUACAAAACAGGGCUUUGGGAAUUUGCCGGUUUGCAUAGCUAAGACACACCUGUCCUUGAGUAAUGACCCCAUGACGAAGGGAGUGCCUAUCAACUUCAUGCUGCCCAUAGCUGAUAUCAAGGCCAAUGCUGGAGCAGGUUUCCUCUGCUGUCUGACUGAACCGACAAACACAGAAAUGGAUGAUCCCAUGUGGCCCUGUUUCCAUGGCAACAACCUUUACAGUGACAGCAAGUAGCGCAAUGGUUACUUGCUAAGAUGGGCAAGCUGAAAUUGGUUUAAUUAAUGGCCAAUCAAACGUUUAGUAAGUGGAAAUUAACAGUUUUCUUUUUAAACAUGGCUAAAUGAUUUCUAAAACCUACAAAUACUCUUAAGUCAAAUAGUGGCAUCAAAUUCUAGCUCUUUUAUGAUCAACAUGUAUUGUAUUUUCAAGCAUUUCCAUGCAACUGCUGUUUUUUUUUAAUUUGCUGUAAAAACAACUAAUUAUGUCUUUUUCACUGUAUUAAGUGUAAAUUUGUAAACUGACAAAUGAUGUUGCUCUGUAUUUUAGAAAUUCACUCCAGAUCUCACAGUUAUUACAGUGUGCUUCUUGAUCCAUGUGAUAUUUUUAGCCAUGAAUGAGCUUUAGCAACACAGAACCAAUUGUCUGUCAGUAUUUUUCCUAUUACACUAAUGUUUGCCAGUAUUAUUGAAAGCCACAUUUGAUUUUAUAGAUAAUGUGCGAAUAUAUGAGAUAGCAUAAUGUCUAUAUGUUUACUCUAUAUGCUAUCUUAUCUGACCAUUUAAUGAAGUUUCCAGUUGCUAUAGAUACUAAGCUGCCAACCUGAUUGUAGACUAUAAUUAGAUAAUUGUAUAUUUGUCCAGCUUGUUAGUCCAGUUUUAUUUUUAGCCUCCUCUUCAAUACACGUUACCCAGCAGCCAUUGCUGCCGUCCAGUAGUCAAUGAUCACUGUCAAUGUGUCCCUUACAGUUAUCUGAUGCUGUGUGACUAGAAAAGCAUUCUGUUUCUAUGGGGUAAAACCAUGUGUGUAUACCAUGCUGUGCUGAUAUUAUGAAUUUGAGCUAAUCAAAAAUUAAACCCAAUAUUUCGGAGUUCUGUUUUAACAAAAGAUUGCUGGUUUAUGUUUUAAUUUGGUUUAAAAUGUUAUUACAUUCAUACAUAGACGUGUUAAACACCUUUGUAUCCAGAUACUUACAGAAAUCCUAAUAUAAAAGGUGUUAUCAUAUUUUAGGACAUUGUGCUUUGUAAAAUAAAUGUUGUCACCAUGAAAAUAGAGCCAUGUUUGCGAAGUGGGAUACUGAGUGUGCAUCUGGCCUGUUUGUUUCAGGGGUUAGUUCAGGACACUGCAACCAGGUUUAUCAGUAUGAGGCAGCCU